UCAUCGGCGCGCGAGGGUAUUCGUCGGUUUCAGUCGUUCGGCGUCCGCGAAGCGGUCCGGAGCAGCAAUUUCGAAAACGUGUGAAGCAGAUAACCGAUGUGUGUGGAACGCAAGUGUUAAAAAAGAGAGAAAAUAGAAGCAUAAUAAGACGUACUAAAGCAAGAGCUAUAGAGGAUCGAGGUGAUCAAUGCAGCAGAAGGAAGUUUGACAAAAUAAGUAAGCUUACAGCAAGUCUUUGUGUUGGCUGUUGUGCUAAAAACGUGUCAAGCCAUUCGUAAUCGUGCAUAUGUGGAAAAGUUAGAUGCUGCGAAUACAGACAGACACCGUAGGUUGUAUGAUAAUCUUUUGCAGCCAGCCUGCUUUACAACAGUGUCGUGCAGUGAUGGUGUGUGCCGAGUGUAGUGUAACUGGUAAACUGGCCAAUCGCUGCCAACGUUCGCUAGCUACUUUUUAGAUUCACGGACUGCGGGAUACUGUUUCGAGUGCCAGCUUCUUUUGCUGUCUUUCGACAAAAUCUGAGCAGCAUGGUUUUGUCGUCAAAUUACCAAUAUCAUGGUGAAAGUGACCAUCAAAUCACAACGCUGCUGCUACGUGACGUUUGCAAGCAAGUGAGCAAAGCUUUUAGAAUACAGCGAUCAAUUUGCAAGUGUUUGUAGCUGGCGCAGUUGUGCAGGUUGAGAUUGAAAUCUCUUAUAAGCAGACAGAAGUUGCGUUUGGGCCGAUGAUCACAGCAAGCUCAUCUGCAGUGGAACUGAAAACCGAUGAGUACUGGAUGGGAAAGACGUGUGCCGGCUUACGGCUGUAGAAAACACAAAUAUUUCAAUGUCAUGUGGAGGGCUACGAGUGUUGCAAAUCAAUUUUUUGUUUCAUUUUUUGUGCCUUGUUGAUGCCCUGCUUCCUGAUCCCGCAAAAGGGUUCGUCGCUUUGGUUUGCUGCCGCUGGUGCAGUCUACAGUUGUGUUCGUGAGUAAACCGUCCGUGUGUUUAUGCGUUUGGUAUUUGGCAAUUAUCGGCCAACCGUAUGGUGGAUAACUUGGUCCAAUACGUGAUAUUACUUUGUGUGUAAUAUGUGCAGUGAAUACACAAACAGUAUCGUUGCUAUCUUUGGUUUUUCUACAGCAGUGCGGUGAUCUUGUCGUACUAUCAGUACUUUGAUUGGUGACUGCAAUAGGCGUUAUAUAAAUGUUGUUAUCGCAGCGUUGUGAGAUGCUUUUAGUGAGUGAGUGAAAUUGUGUCGUUGCUUGUGUUGGAAUAGGCGCAACCGAAACUUGUGAAGCGGCAUUUGAACAUCAUACUACAAAAAGAUCGUUAUUUAUCUGCCUUUCUUUUGACAAGGCCUUAAAAUGUUUCUAGCAACAAUAGGAUAAAAUGAGAAACGUUGCAGCGGCGCUGUUUGUUAUUCUCACCAUCUUCAAACUAAGGGCUGCUAAAUGUUUCGUUUCGUCAGUGCUUUGCUCGCGUAUGCCAGGACUCACGCAAACCCAGCGUCAAAUAUGCACCGAAUCAUCCGAUGCCGUGGUAUCGUUAGCAUCGGGUCAGUUGUUGGGAGUAAGUGAAUGCCAAAAACAGUUUUACGGCCAUCGAUGGAACUGCACUCACGUAUGGAACAAUGACAUGCUCGGACAGAUAAUAGUAAUAGGUUCAAAAGAGGCUGCCUAUACGUAUGGCAUAACGAGUGCUGGGGCAGUGUACUCCAUAACUGCUGCGUGCGCUAAAGGAAACAUUACGACGUGUGGCUGUGACACGAAGCAAAAAAGUUUUUCUUCCAGCGAGUCUGAAAACUGGAAAUGGGGCGGCUGUUCCGUGGACAUUGGUUACGGUAUGCGGUUCGCAAAAAAGUUUCUCGAUGCCCGUGAAAUUGAAAACGAUAACCGCAGCCUCAUGAACCUGCACAAUAACCGUGUCGGCAGAAAGCUAGUGAAACUUCUAUUACGGACCGAAUGCAAAUGCCACGGCGUAAGUGGAUCCUGUGCCAUGAAAACCUGCUGGAAAAGCCUCCCAUCGUUCCACGUUAUCGGUAAUACUAUGAUGAAAAAGUACCGUAAAGCCAAGAUGGUGCACGGAAUCAACCUGCGGAACAGUCAACUUCAACUCGUGCUGAAACGCAAAUCCAACAAACUGCAGCAAAAGAAUGGAAAAAUACUGAGUGAUAGUCAAAUUCCAAAGAGAACGGAGUUGGUCUAUCUGGAGGCUUCGCCAAACUACUGUGAGCGUAAUAUCAGUAUCGGUGUUCUGGGCACAACGGACAGAAAUUGCAAUCGUACCUCCACGUCCAUGGAUCGCUGUGAUCUUCUGUGUUGCGGCCGAGGCUACAACACGCACCAGAUCGACCGGACAUGGCAGUGCAACUGUAAGUUCAAAUGGUGUUGCACUGUGACCUGCGAUGUCUGCUCCGAGCGAAAGGAAGAGUACACUUGUAAAUAAAACAGU